AUGAGGGUGGCCACAUGGAACGUUGGGGGGCUCACGGCGCAAAAUGCGCUGGACCUUCCCAAGCUUUUCGUGGGGCACAGUCGCUUGGAUGCAGUGCACGUUUUGGUGCUGCAGGAAAUCAUAUGCGAAGCAGGAAUUCACUUCCACGAGCAGAAUGGUUGGGUGUUGGUGCAUGGCAAGAACGAGGGGGACUGGAGAGGAACGGGGGUUGCAUACAAGUCAGCGGAGCAUGGGCACACGAACACCAAGUUACUGCCAGCGGGCUUGGCCACGACAUUGGCCGCCAAAGGGGGGAAGAGAGGGAUAAGAUUCCUCGCCGGGCACAUACCGCAUCACUCCACCAUCGCGCAAGCAGAAGCUAUCAUGAGUGCAUGGGAGCAUACCAUGCAGAAGGCGAGGCUGAUGCUGGGGUUCGAUGCGAACGAAACGUUCACGGACGAGGACGGGGAGGGGCCGAGAGGGCACACGGGUAGAGGAGAAGUGAUCCUGCAGGCAGUAGCAACGUGCGGGGGGAGGGUGGGGCCACAACAAAUUGACACCCCCACUUACCAUCCCUACAACACAGCAAUGCAGUCCCGCAGGAUUGACUACCUGGUCACAAGAGGGGUGCAGGUGCAAGCGGGGGGGGUUGCGGAGGGGAGCAGGCACAUCGCAAAGUCAGACCACGACGCGGUUUGGCAGGACAUCCACACUCACCCCGUGCCGAAGCCAAAGAAGCCCACAUGGGGGGCGAGACGUUUUACAGAAAACAGCAAACCCACGGAAACCGCCAAAGCACCACUGCCACAAACAGACACCCACACAGCCAUCGGGGGGAUCGCACGCAGGUUGACGCAGCCAGGGCGCCACACCAGCAAUUUCAGGGAGAGUACGGCACUCAAGCAAGCCAGGCGAACAGCGCACCAGGCCCCCCCGCACGAAGCAAGACAAGCAUGGAAGGCAGUCAGCAGGAUGCGCAAGCAGGAGAUGAGAGUGUGGCACGAUGGGAUGGUGCGAGAGGCCAGCAAACUUGACUGGCAGGCGUACCGCACCUUGGGGCACCACCAGCGGAGGCAAGGAUGGCAGCACCACUUGGUGGACCAACAGGGGUGGCAAUCGCAGCUGCGCGAACACUUUGGGGGGAUCUUUGCAAAGGCUCCGCCUCAGCGCACCGCGCGGCGCCUGGGGGCCACCAGGGAAGCGCUCACCCAACUAUGCAAACGGACACCUUGGAGGCCCUUCAACGACAUUGACCUCAGGAUGGCGACGCUCAAGUGGAAGCGGGGGAAAGCAACAGGGCCAGACGCCAUUUCGCACGAGGUCCUGCUCCUCCUCCUUCAGGAGCCGACCUGGGCAGGACGCAUGUUGCACAUGAUGAACGAUAUGCUAUACAAGGGGAGCAUCCCCCAGCCCAUCCAACAGGGGGCCGAUGACCUCGAGGGGGCCCUGAACGCCGCACAACCGCUCCUUGGCCCUGCAAGGGGACCACCGCCCCCCCAGUCUGGGGGCUCCUUUAUGGAUGAUACCUACCUGUGGUCGCACGAUAGGGGGCACCUACAGUACGCGCUCGCAGAGCUGGAACGCAGGCUGGGGGGACAUGGGCUCGCCAUUAAUCCCAGCAAAACGGCCAUCAUUUACAGCGAAAAAGCAGGGGGAGGCGAGUUCCUGAUCGGGGGGGCACAGGUGGGGUGCAUGCCGUUUGGCACGGUGAUCACGGCGUUGGGAUCCCCCAUCACAUUCGGGGAGGGGGUGGCAGCCAUUGUAACCGCGAUGAACCAUCGCGCUAGGCGGGCGUUCCAGAAGAACAGCAAGCUCUUGUGUGCCCCGACUCCCUUGAAGGCACGCAUACACCUUCACCAAGCGCUGGUCAGGGGGGCGGCGUUGUGGGGGGGGCAAUCAUGGCCAGUGACAGAAGCCAUCCUUCGCGCCAUCAACUCCACACAGCUGCAGCAGAUCAGACGGAUGAUGCACCCAGCAAGAAGACCGGGGGAAGAAUGGGGGGAGUGGAACGUGCGCACGCUCAGGGGGGCACGAGUGGCACUGCAACAAUCCAAGGUUGUCCGCUGGAGCACAUUCCAGCUGGGACACACGUGGGACCUGUAUGGACACAUGGCCAGAGCCAAACAUGGGGGCACCGCAAUGCUGCAGUGGAAGAACCUCCAGUGGUGGGAAGCGGAGAAGGCCAAACCCAGGCGCAUCAAGGAACAGCACGCACGCAGGUACAACUCGCAGGUUGACACGGAGAGGCAGCUGGUCAAGAUAGCGACAAACAACUGGAUGCAAGUGGCCCAAAGCCCGGUGGUGUGGCACAACCUGCAGGAAGCAUUUAUCAAGCAGUACGACCCUCCUUGGGCCACAGGCAAACAGGGGAGCCUGGGCAACCUCACCCCUAACAGGACUACAGGCAAUCGGGGGGGCAGCAGGGCGAACGAGGCGAUCUGCUGA